AUGGCAAACCAUUACUCUGUGCUUGGUGUCUCGCCUGAUGCUACUCUCCAGCAGAUCAAAGCAGCAUACACCAAAUUAGUUCUUCGAGCCCACCCUGAUAAAGGAGGAUCCCAGUCCGUAUUUGUCCAAAUCCAGGCAGCAUGGGAAGUCCUCAGAGAUCCUGCCACGCGCGCAAAAUAUGAUCAAGAAUGUCAGAACGCACAGAAGCCAAAGCACCAUGGCAGAGAUCACACAGACUCAGGAAGAGCUCGGUACUCACGCGACUAUUCCCAAUUCUACGGCAGUUCCUACUACGAAGACUCGAUGCCGGGUGAUCAUUACUCUUAUACAGGAUCUGGCUAUAGAACAGGACCCAACUCCAAUUCAUGGAACGGCUAUCGUGACUCUACAGCGGGUUCCGCAUACAGCAGCUAUUAUGGCUCGUUCGCUGGUGACGCAAAUUAUAGCGACACGAAGCCGAGGGCUUCAAGCACUCCAGAGCCAGAAGAUACAUCACAUCACUAUCGUCGUGAUGCGCGAGAGAAUCACCGAGAUUCCUACUCCCAAACAAGACGCCGAGACUCAACUGCUUCUCCUCCCCCUCGCCGCUCGCGAUCCUCAUCUCCGCCACCGACAAUGCCAUCCGAACUCGAUCUGAAGACUGUCAAGGCCCUUGCCGAACAGGCGUCUCGGAACCUCAUACGCUACAAAGAGCUCAUUGACAUGCUGCGCUCGUCUACCAAGAGCCAUCCGCUUUCGAAGGACAUUCAAAUCAAACUCGAACAUGUACACCUCUUCCUUCAGAACCGCGAGUUGAAGUUGAAUCACAGAGUCAUGGAAAUCAAAGUGUACAAGAUCAGCCAGCAAACCAAGAGUCUACCAGAGAACAUGGAGCCAUUCUUUGCGUCGCUGUGGGAGACCAUUGUCAAGGAGGAUAAGGAGACAGUGUCCGACGUGAGCAUGUCAGUGUCAAGGGUUUCGGGGGACACCAGCCAAUGGCUGCGCCGGAGGAACGUGCUCGAGGCACGCGGUCUUGAGGUCACCGACGAUGAUAAAGUCACCCAGGACUUGAUUGCAAGUACUGAGGCAUUGGAGCGACUCUUGACCAAGGUGCUCCUCUCGGCGCCAGGGGUUGCGCCGCAGCGGUCCUACUGA